GUUCUGGCUUAUAACAUGACACUAUAUUACCACCAGGUUGGAGCGCCUGCUCGUGUUGGAUUAGUGGCUCCUGUGGAUGUGGUUGUUCCCCCUGGCAACACUGGUCUAGAUCCCUCUCAGACUUCUUUCUUCCAGGUCCUUAACAUUCCCACCAAGAUCAACAAGGGUACUGUUGAAAUCAUCACCCCUGUGGAGCUCAUCAAGAAGGGUGACAAAGUGGGUUCUUCUGAGGCUGCUCUUCUAGCCAAGCUUGGGAUUAGGCCGUUCUCAUACGGUCUUGUGGUUCUUACUGUGUAUGACAAUGGUUCAGUCUUCAGCCCAGAGGUGCUUGACCUGACUGAAGAUGACCUGAUUGAGAAGUUUGCGCUUGGAGUCUCCAUGGUGACAUCUCUAGCWUUGGCCAUCCAUUAUCCAACCAUUGCAGCUGCUCCACACAUGUUGAUCAAUGCUUACAAGAAUGCAUUGGCCAUUGCUGUGGAGACUGAUUACUCUUUCCCUUUGGCAGACAAGGUGAAGGAGUACCUUGAGGAUCCAAGCAAGUUUGCUGUGGCUGCUCCAGUAGCUGCAUCUAGUGGUGGUGGUGCUCCGGCAGCAGCUGCUUCUGCUCCAGCUGAAGAGAAGAAGGAAGAGCCUGCUGAGGAAUCGGAUGAUGACAUGGGUUUCAGUUUGUUCGAUUAGUGAGUGAUCUAUCUUCUCCUUAUAAUAUAGAAUAGCCAA